GACAUGUUUAUGCAAUAGUCAGGCUCGUUGAUAAAAUGAGGGUGCAGUUCUAUUAAAAUGGCUUUGUGUUUACUAAUACGUCUUAAAUGUUGGAGGAGGAAUAUAAACAAGCGGUCGACACUGAUUGUUUUAGGUAGUGUGUGUUUAUUUUGUUCACAGUGACAAUGCUUGUUGAUUUUAUCUCGGAUUCAACCUGCGUCAGACAGUGUGAAUUGUGAUGAAUUUAAUUUUGUAUUGGCAUUCAGAGAUAUUAGCAUGCAAAUUAGAAUGUUUUCUUAAGUAAAACGCAUUUACUAUGCAUUCAGUAAUCCAGUUUGUAAAUAUUGAUACAUUCCUUUAGACAUACUAAAGGACUUCCUUGAAGUUGAAUAAUAUUCGAGUUGAUAAUGUACAUGUUAAUUAAAGACUCAUGCAAUUUUUCAUCUGUAUUACGAACUAUUGGUUUAGAAUUGAUAGCAAAAAUUAUGCGAUGUUAUUUGACCACAUGUGUACGGACGAGAUCUGCGUGGGAUUAAAAGCAAAUUAAUGAUUAUGGAUUUAAACUACUGUACAUUGUCGACGUCUCGUUACACUUAGAGCUUGAGCCUAUUCAAUUUUUAAAUGCGUUCAUUUUAAAAACAUGCUGAAGAGGCCUAAUUCAAAUGUUUGUGAAGCUAUAAAAAUGACGUUUUACUUCAUUCCUUUCACGAAAGCAAAAUAUACACGCUCUACAUUCUUAACUUAGCUUUCAUUAUUCAUUUUACCCGUGCUAAUCAUUUGCACCAGUUCUAAUUCCCUCGAUGGCCAAAUUAGCACCCGGAAACAAACUUUGGGCAGUGUAUUCCUUGUGGUUAAGGUAAACGAUAAGGCAACGAUUUUUGAUAGGCACCUGUAGUUGUUCCCAAAUUUUUCACGGCAUGAACGACUAUGGGUUAAGACAACAUCCCUGAUGAAACGGAAAACAGGAAAUGCAAUUGACCAUAUCAGCUGUGUUGCGGACAUCGCCUUAGGAUAUGUUCACAAUCUUGUUACCCCGCAUGUGUGUUUACUUUAAUGGAUCAGCGAGAGAAUUUGUGAAAUCGUGUAUAUUUUGUCAGAAGUUGUGGUGGAUUUAACUGUGAUCAGAAACAGAGAGAAUCUAGGAAGGUUUACAUAACUGUGAUGCAAGUUUUCAAGAACAAACUCCGGCGUCUAACAAGCUGACGGGCUUCUAGUGUCUGUUUUCUCGCAUCCAUCACAGAAACAAUCUCCUUACCGAUAUUUUGGCGCGAUACACAACGUGCAGUCUUGUGGCUCGGUAAUAUACAGUAAUUAUUCACAUAAUAAAGGGCUUACAUGUGUUCAGAUGUAAUAGGAAUUCUUCAAUAAAAGAAAAAAGUGAUUAAUUUGCCUGAUGGAGAGACAGGACCAUGCAGUGGGGUUGCAUGUACCACGCUCCAUCCUAGAUGUCACGCUUUUCUCUACUUUUAACUACCUGGGAUGAAUGACAGCUGUUUAAUCGAUACUUUGAUUGAAUUUUCUUUUGCAUUUGAAUAUGUCAGCUCUCGUCAUGGUUGAACCAGCCAAUGAAAAAACUCGUAUUGAUUCUACGGAGCAGCUCAUACGCCAAGUGCCAGUAGCAUUUGCGGAUCCAAACGAUCAAACCAGUGGAAAUAUCAAACGUCCUAAUUCCCUACCAAACAACAUCGAGAAACAUUCAGAAUGUGUUAACGAACACAAACAAAAUGCUAAACUUCUACAGGACUUAAAAUUUCAAGAACAUGGAGAAAUUGACGGAAGAGUCAAUCAGGCAUAUUCCUCACCUGAUAUCGAGUUGCAAAAUUAUAACUUUGAUGGUGACCACAUAACGGACGAGGCUGACCGGGACAGCCAGGCGGAGGAAGGGGGCAAACACGAAUCCCAGAUGAGUCUUCAAAACACUUCUAUUCCACACACGCGGUUGCCGCAAGUCGAUUGUGCCAUCAUCGCUGAGGAGGAUACAUCGCGUAGUGUGCUGCUAGAGGAUGGUGGAGGGAGAGAGGAGUCGCGAAAUAAUAACAAAUCGACAAGGGACAACAUUAUUUCGGACAUUGGGGCCGAUAUAAUGAGAGUUAAUGGCGCCAUUGGCUCGUUCAAACAGUUACAAAAACCGACUUCGAUGCAGUCUCUUCCGACUUCCUCCAAAAUGAGUUUUAAUGACGAAACCGGAGUCGGGACGGCUCUCGUGGAAAAAGGUGAUUCCGGAAAAUAUGUGGACGAUAAACAGAAAAAAGAAAAUAAACCAAAUGUGGGGUAUAGACUGGGAAAACGGAAAGCUUUGUACGAACGGCGACGGAAAAUCUCCGACUACUGUCUGGUGCUGGGGAUGGCAGGGAUUCUUAUCAUGAUUCUGGAGACGGAACUUAUCAUGGCGAAAGUUUACUAUAAGGAUAGUUACUAUUCCCUGGUGUUGAAAUCUCUCAUUUCACUAUCCACCUUCAUAUUAAUUGGUCUUAUACUCGCCUAUCAUGCCGUGGAAAUUCAGCUGUUUGCCAUUGACAAUUGCGUAGAAGAUUGGCGGAUCGCUAUAUCUUGGAGGCGUAGUAUCCAGCUGGGACUUGAAAUUCUGGUUUGCGCUGUGCACCCUAUCCCAGGAGAAUUCUUCUUUAUCUGGAAGACAGAAUUGUACGACGGGGCGUCGGUGGGAGAGGAGAGCGUGCCUGUCGAUAUUCUUCUUUCUAUUCCAAUGUUUCUGAGACUAUACCUCAUAGCCAGAGUGAUGUUGCUACAUAGUAAACUCUUUACAGACGCAUCCUCUCGAAGUAUCGGGGCGCUGAAUAGGAUUAAUUUUGAUACUCGUUUUGUGUUGAAAACUUUGAUGCACAUUUGUCCUGGGACUGUAAUGCUGGUCUUCACACUCUCUAUGUGGAUUAUCACAAGCUGGUUACUUCGUGCCUGUGAAAGGUAUUUUGAUCAUCGACACGAGAACAUCCUGAACGCCAUGUGGAUGAUUUCUAUUACCUUUCUAUCGGUGGGAUACGGGGAUAUCGUACCUAAUACCUACUGUGGUAGAACCAUUUCUAUAGCAGUGGGUUGCAUGGGUGCAGGUAUCACAGCUUUGAUUGUUGCUGUUUUGUCCAAGAAGCUGGAGCUUAGUCGAGCGGAGAAACACGUACAUUUCUUUAUGAUGGACACCCAACUGUCAAAACGACUGAAGAAUGCGGCAGCUAACGUUUUACGAGAGACUUGGCUAAUUUACAAAUACACAAAGCUUGUCAACAAAAUAGACACAGGCAAAGUGAGAGCCCACCAAAGAAAAUUCCUACAGGCGAUUCACAGCUUACGCAAAGUUAAAAUGGGGCAAAGGAAAUUGGCCGAAAAUCAAAACACACUAGUUGAUAUUGCUAAGAGUUUAGGUCGAACAGGCCUGGAACCGCCUCACAGCGUGUAUAUAUCAAUACCCCACGUGCAAUUCAAACAGACACAGGGACAAAUUCACGAUACAGUUUCAGACGUGUUUACAAAGACAUCUACACUUGAAGAUCGAGUGAACAAAAUAGAAAACACUCUUGUAUCGUUACAAGUUCAGCUUGAAAGACUUCCAGUGAUAAUAGCGGAUAAAGUAUCUACACGCAGAAACGAACCCCAUUUUACUCUACCUCCUGUUCGAGACUUGGACAGGGAUCGUACCUCGCGGGAAAUAGAACGUGAAAAGCACGUGGAGGCACGUGACAGACUAUUUGAGCCACGUGAUCUUGUAGAACAACGAGAGCGGGAAAAGAGGAGCGGUAAUUUCUCUUCCGACCUUCAAGAUAGCGCGGAAUCUACAAGGUCGGAAUUCAACCAACUACGGAAAACUUCCCCACCUCGUCGCCGAAAGCAGUCGGCACCAUCAACAAACACUCUUACACAAUACCCGCCGUCGCAAGGGAGCAUGAGUCAAAUCUAGUAAAGUUCUGGAUUUUCUCUGAAAACCUCCAAUAUUAAUAACGGUUUUUACGGAGUCAUAUAUUGGUGCCUGUACAGCCAUUCCAAUAUUAUUGUGUGAAUACCGGGAAACAUUUGACUUUGUUGCUUUAGACUAGUUUCUCUGUAUAACAAACAUCAACGAUUAACACUAUAAGUACACUCAAAUCGCUAAUGAACAAGUGUCAUUUGUUGGAUAGUUGUUACGACGUAUAGACCAUUUUAUUGAUGAAUGUUUCCGCAGGAACAAGACGCCUGUGACUGGUUGCUUAGUGACAGAUGUUUCAUCACUCCAUAACGGUUAAUUUUCUCCUCUUGUCUUUAUCUGAUUGGCAAAAGCUGUGAUAUACACUAUUUUGAGAUGUUCGAUGUCGUUGAUUUUCCAUAGAGAUGUGCGGUAGAAAAAGACGUGUUUUGAAUUCGGGCGUGGUCCCAGAUGUGACCUGACAUAAUGAUUAAUUAUCUAAUAAUUAAUAUCGUGUCUUCCGUGCGCAGGCUCACUCACUGGAUCCGCCACUUACACAUUCCUCCCCCGCUUAAAUUCCUCUGAAAAGUUCUCCGUCAUAAAGUUGAUACAGUGCCUCGGCGUCUCACUUGAAUGAAGAUCCUUUUUUCAGUUGAACAUGAUUUUAUUACGUCUUACUGGCAGUAGUACGCCUAUUCAUAUUCUGGGUUCUCCCCUCCCUUCACUAAAAGUUUCGAAAGAGUCCAAUUAACACUUUAAACAUUUCAGCUUGAAUGUUCAUCUUAAUCCAAGAUCGAUAACUCUAAUACCAAAAAAGAUCUUCAUGCUUCUACAAAAAAUAUACAAGUCUCUUAAAAAUUAUAUUUAAUUAAGUACUAAUUUUAGAUAAGGCAGAUAGCAGUGUAUAUUUUUCAACCGUUACAACUUUAUUAGAUAAAGUAUAUAAUGAUUUAGCAAAUCCUAACAUUAUAUGAUGCACCUAAGAAAAAGUUCGAGGCUCUUUCGUUUAUCGGCUGAAAAGAAUAUAUUUUUUUAGAUAUGUAAAUAUAUAAAGCGUCUUUCCAGACAAGUAUGGCAUCGUUUUGUUAUGUAACAGUGUCACCAUCUGUUUUGUGUAAUCAUUCCUAUUGCUCAAUGUUAUAUUCUCAUGUUAUAUUGUUUUUAUUUGAAUUCUAUCAAGCUGAAAUUAUUUGCCCUUGUAUUUAUCAGAUUCGUUAACACUGCUAUAUCCGUGGACAAAUUUGUUUAUUUUAAUACUGACUUUUCAGACGCAGCAUAUUCGCUGUUGGGUCUCUAAUAGUUAACCAUUGUCUUUCUUUUCAUUAAAUUUAAUUGAUAAUGUAACCUUGAAUGAAAUUGUUAAUUAUAAAAUAUUAUCUUUUUCAUUAAUGAAAGUUGUACAGUAUGUGAAAUAUAAAACAAAAUACAAGUGUUAUUUUUAUACACCUGUCAUAGACGGGUGGUACUAUGGUAGAGCGCAGUGCGUCUGUCUAUUCGUCACCCAGUACCUUGUGGGCUAAGUAAAAGCAGUACUUAUGAUAAGGCUAGGGUUAUCAAACUUUGUAUGCUUUUUUAAAAUCAUUAGAGAGGAAAGCCAAUUGUUUUUCAAGGUCAAACUUGCAUAGCGAUAAGACUAACAAAAUCAAACCUGGUAAUCAAGUUCCCGAUGAUAGGAAGAAGCCUAGUAUUUGAACAAGAUGGAAACAGCAAUCGCGAUACACAUAUUUAGCCCUAGGCGUGUUGUAUUGUAAUAUGGGGACCUGUUUAUUCAAGAGCAUAUUGUUGGAAGGAUUAAAAGAGUUAUCCACUGUACUCUGUAGUGGACAAUCCAGGCAGCUACACAUGACCCAUUGGUGAAAGAAGAUGUCUUUUAUUUCGCAAAGUUAUAGGUCAAAUAGAUAUGUUAUGGGUAACCCAUGAAAGAAAAGUAGUACUCAAGCUAGAACCAUGAAACUUAAUAUACACGGCCCUCGGGGUGUUGGUGACGGGUAUAUUUCGAAAAGUGAGUUUUUGCUUUUUACGGUCUAUUCCAUGUCGGGGCUUUUUUUUUAACUAAAUGUAUUCGACAGGCGUAUUUUGUAUCGUGAGCGUUGUUCUUGUUAUAUUUUUUUUAAUAUCAUAACACAUAAAAGUUUAUUUCUGUUAUUAUAUUUAAACAAUAACUAUUCUUGAAAACAAAAGUUUUCAAUGGAGCGUUAAACAGAUAUCUUUUGUUGUACUGGGCUGUGGUACAAAGAGAGCGGCUAUUGUAAAUAGCUUUAAUAAGCUUUAGAAAUAUCUGUAGUAAAAAUCACACUUACAAUCAUGAAAACCAGAUGUUCAAGCACUCAUCGUUUCACCUUCUAUAGCCAUAUUCAAUAUGUCAUCAUAUUAUACAAUGUAAACUAAAAAAAAACUUGGCGCCAAAGAAAUAUAUGUCAAGAUAUUUUUUUUCUCUUUAAGGGAUGGAUAUUAAUUCGAAUGAUUUAUAAAAUCGCCGUUUAAUCGUAGAAAUAUUUUCUAUGAACCACUUCGUUAUCAAGUUGUUACCUCAUAGAUGAAUGUCAUUUCAAUUAGGGGUCUUGUCAGGGUGGAGUAAUGUUUCAAUCAGGGAUCUUGUCAGGGUGGGGUAAUGUCCCCAUCAGGGGUCUUGUCGGGGUGGGGUAAUGUCCCCAUCAGGGGUCUUGUCAGGGUGGGGUAAUGUCCCCAUUAGGGGUCUUGUCAGGGUGGUGUAAUGCCCCCAUCAGGGAUCUUUUCAGGGUGGAGUAAUUUUUCAAUCGGGUCUUGUCGGGGUGGGGUAAUGUCCCCAUCAGGGGUCUUGUCGGGGUGGGGUAAUGUCCCCAUCAAGGAUCUUGUAAGGGUGUGGUCGAUAGACGGAUAUAAAGUUGUAUACACCCCCCCCCCCCCCAACAAGAAACGCAAACAGUUUUAUGAAGGGUAACUUCAAAUAUGUUCAAUUCAUUGCCCUUCUUCCGGUGUAAUGGAAUCAUAGGGAGUCCGUGAUGAAGACAUAUGGUGACUGGUAUGACUCGUCUACAACGUCGUAUUCCAUAUCAACAGAAAUAUGCGAAACGUCAACGCAAUUUUAAAGAAAUGAAAUAGCCGCUCUCCUUGUCAGAGUCUGCUUUAUGUUUGUUAAACAAACACUCCAAAAGAUAGAAGCAAACACUUAGGGCAUGUAAAGUUAAUUAUUGACUUGUAUGUACUCCUGUUGAGUUGUCUCCCCUCUCUUACCUAUAUAUACACACAGUUUGUGACUGUAUUGUAUAACAUUGUGAAUAAGGCUACAUAAGACACAUUCCAAUAAAUGAUACUCGAAAUGUUGAAACUUACUAACAUGUUGAUUUCUUUAUAACACGUGUGACCUAGACAAUCAGUGAAGCGUUCUAUUUAUUAACUUUUAAAACACAAUAUAACAUUUUGAAAAUAUAUUUCAAGUGAUUUGAAAUUUAACGUUCUUUGCAUAAUUUCCUAUUAUGGUAGACCUGAAAGGAUGUUUGUAUUAUUUCUUCCAAUGUUUUGUUUUUGAUAUAACACCAGAAGGUCCUGAUAUUAAAAUGUUGCACUCACAGUCAUUGAUAAGUAUGUUUUGGAAGUGAUACUGCGAAAAUAAAAUGAACUUAUAACACAA